AUGGGGAAACACCGUUUCUUACCAUGGAUAGCCUAUCAGACAAGCGAGGAACCUUUGAAACGAGGGGUCAGGAAGAACAGCUCGACGCUGGAGAAAUUUCAUCUACAGAUUUCUAGGACGGAACUGUAUCCAGUGGACUCGAAAUACGUGGACCAAUUGUUGCACGAAAUCGCGACGAAACCUAUCGUUCAUGUUGUUCAGAAAGAAGGCGGCACGCAACUGAAGCUCCAGAUCAAUUAUUCAAACAUGCAGGCCCUCUUCAAGCCUAUGAGGUUUCCACGGGAGCAGCAAACGUUACCGAAUCAUUUCUACUUCACGGAUUUCGAGCGGCAUACAGCGGAGAUCGCGGCGUUUCACCUGGACAGGCUACUGGGAUUCCGGAGGGCGAUGCCAGUCACCGGCAGAACGUUGAACCUAACGACAGAGAUUUAUCAAAUCGCCGACGGCGAGCUGUUGAAGACGUUCUUCGUCAGCCCCGCCGGUAAUAUCUGCUUCCACGGCAAGUGCAGUUAUUACUGCGAUACGGCGCACGCGAUUUGCGGAAAUCCGGACACCCUUGAAGGGAGUUUCGCCGCGUUCUUGCCGGAUAAAUCUUUCGUCGCGAGGAAGGCCUGGCGACAUCCCUGGCGCAGGAGUUAUCACAAGAGGAAGAAGGCGCAGUGGGAGCACGAUUCCGAUUAUUGUUCCCUCGUGAAAGAAAUUCCACCGUAUAACGAGGGUCGAAGACUGCUAGAUUUGAUGGAUAUGGCUGCUUUAGAUUUUCUCAUGGGGAACAUGGAUAGACACCAUUACGAAACGUUCAAACUUUUCGGCAACAACACGUUCCCUUUGCACUUGGAUCAUGGUAGAGGAUUUGGCAGACCCUUCCACGAUGAGAUAUCUAUUUUGGCUCCCAUCUUACAAUGCUGCAUGAUCAGGCAAACAACUCUAAGCACUCUUCUAAAAUUUCACAAUGGGCCAGUCCCCUUGAGCGCAGCGUUGCGAAAAAGCAUGGCAAAGGACCCAGUGGCGCCAGUUCUAUGGGAACCCCAUUUCACAGCCCUCGACAGAAGGGUGCGCGUGAUUCUCCAAGCGAUAAGAGACUGUGUAAAUCGCGAAGAUUCGAGUCAAGUCGUUCACGAGAAAGCCGAUGACGCUGGCACCUAGCCGUCUAGUGACAUAGUGCAAAAAGAAAAAUCUCCCAAUGACUAACAAACAUAAAAACGAGAGGAAGAACUGAAAUUUCUAACGCGCGUAGAGUAUACCUUGUUGUAAAAAGACCGUGUAAAAAGACGUGUGUAAAAAAUGAUCAGUGAUGAACGAUUGAAGGAUAGCAAAGACGAGGGUGUGAUAUACGUAUAUUUUUAUGGUUUUAGAAAAUAACUUCUUGUUAACUAAAGUUUUAGCCAGGGUGACGUGUUGAGGUCAAUUAUCAAAUGUCGAACCUCGUUCUGAUUUAUUAGUCUUUUGCGAAAUCGUUAUCUUGUUAUCUCUUCACGAAGGAUAAUGUUAUUCUAUUCUCUUAUCACUUUAUUUUGUUUCUUUCCUUUCUUCUUUCUUUUUUUUUUUUUUUCUUUCUUUCUUUUUAGAGAAACUUGUACAAAGAAGCUGUACAUAGUGUAUGUAUCAUAAGCAACAUGUACGAGAGUUUUAAGAUCAAAAGGAAAAAGGAAAAAAGAACGUCUGAGAAUGCCCUGCUUUCCGUGUACAUAUAUAUAAGAUCAAAGAAGAGAAUCGAUAUCGCUUUUUUUUUUUUUUCAGGGCUAGAUAUUUUACGAAAACGUUUCAUCGUUGGAAUCAACGACUGAGAAAUCGGUUACUUUAGGAAGGAUCCCGUGAAUCGUUCGCUCAACGAUGAAACUUCGCCGAGAGUUGACGAUUUAUCGCUUGAGUUUAUCGUUUACCCUAGGCGGGACGAGUGAUUUUCUAAGCCACAGUUCCUCGCGAUAACAUAACGCACUUACUGCUCGACGAUCUAGCGUCAGACUUUUUUACGAGAAUCCAGUUUUCACCUUUGCGAACAGCAAAUUGCGUGGUCGAGAAAAUGUGUUUCAUCUGUGGCGAGCGCUACGGUGUGUAUGCGUGGGAGCCGUCUUUUUUAAAGUGUGCUUUUUCGUACGCAUGUAAGUACUACUGUGAAUAUUUCCAAAGUGCACCUGUAACUUGUAAGUGUUUUUUUUUUUUCUCUCUUUUUGUUUCUUUCUCGGGCAAUGAGGAAAAGAAAAGAAAGCUCUGUUGAACUA